ACCAGUAUCAUUAGCUAAUUGCAGCGGUUUUCAAAAUCCGACUCGCAUAGCGGCCCGGUUGGUCCAUCAUCUCAGUUUCUGAAUAUCCCCAAUCUUGGUUAUCAGCUCCCUCAACCUCUCCCCCUCCAAAGCGAGCGGGGUUUAAGCAGCUAGUAGGGCCUUUUCCUCUUAUCCGAGCUCUCACCUUUCAGCUUGCUAUUCUAAUUAGUUCGGGUUUAUAUAUAUAAACGUGUAUGUGUGUAUAUAUAUUUACAUGUAUAUAUGAAUUUCUUCUACAUUGAGUGUUGAUAAAGGACCAAGGAAGAAAUCAGAAAUGGGCAGGAGUAUAUCUAGAUCGCCCUCAUAUCGAAGGAGAUACUCUCCGUCACCGGUUGGUCACAGGCACAGCAGGCGAAGCAGAAGAGACCGAAGCCGGUCACCCUAUAAUAAUUCUCACAGAAGGCGAAGAAGUCGUUCUGGUACUUCACGUCAUCGUAGAAGUCGUUCACCAACUUCGAGGCUCCAUAGAAGUCGAUCUCCAACACCUAGGUGUCACAAGAGGCAAAGAAGUAGAAGUACGUCAUUGUCUCCUUUACCCAGGUCCCGUAGUCCGAGUCUUGCAUCAAGUGAACGUAAAAAUGCCAUUGAGAAAUUGAGAAAGGAAGAAGAAGAAAGGAAAAGGCGCCAACAUGAGGUGGAGCUCAAACUAUUGGAGGAGGAGACUGCAAGAAGAAUUGAAGAAGCAAUUCGGAAAAAAGUUGAAGAGAGAUUGAGUUCUGAAGAAGUGAAGCUGGAAAUAGAGAGGCGUAUAGAAGGAGGUCGGAAAAAACUAUUUGAUGAUGUUGAAGCUCAACUUGAAAAAGAAAAGGAAAGUGCUAUAAGUGAGGCAAGGCAGAAAGAAGAACAAGCUCAAAAAGAGAGGGAAGAGCUGGAUAAGAUGCUUGAGGAGAACCGAAGGAGGGUAGAAGAGUCUCAAAGGAAAGCUUUGGAACUGCAGCGCAAAGAGGAGGAGCGAUACCGGGAGUUGGAGCUGAUUCAAAGACAAAAAGAAGAGGCAGCUCGAAGAAAGAAAAUUGAAGAAGAGGAAGAGCGUGCCAAUGAGACGAAGCUGUUGGGAAAGAAUAAAUCCUGGCCAAAAUUGCCUUCUGGGAUUGGUAUGUAAUUACGCUGUUUGGCGAUUGAAUGUUUAAUUACAGAGAGUAGGUGCUACUAAGCAUGGCAUAUUCAUUCGACCCAUGUAAGAACAAUAAUUUGUAGAAAUUGGUUUUGGGGAUUAUAUUAAGCAACGAGUUCUGACUGCCGUAAUUUGUGCCUCUCAUGAUGAAUGGAUCCUGUAAUCUGUGCACCGCACCGGGUUGUCAAACCUCCCUCUACUUGAUUUCUAUUUUCUGGGAUACAAUGAAAGUUAAGAGAAGUAUUUAUUUUC